AUUUCCGCCCAUGGGGGAGAUUUCAACGUUUGUUCAGAGGCAACCAGCGGCUAGACCAGGAAGGGUGACGAUUGGCAAAGCACCUGCACAGCGCGAGGCAAACCCAAACAGAAAGAGUGCUCUGGAGAUUUCGAUGAGAGCUUUCGUAACAAAGAAGAAUGGAAAUGUUGUUAACCCAGAGAUUGGUACUUCGUUCGAUUCUGUUGAUGAGGCCUAUGAGUUUUAUAACUUGUAUUCCUGGGAAGUUGGUUUUGGAAUAAGGUAUGCCAAGAGCAGACUUAAUGUCAACCUAUCAAAGUGCAUGCAGGAGAUUGUGUACGGGUGUGCGGAGAACAACAGGUCAACUAGGUGUGGGUGCAGUGCUAUGAUAAGGCUACUAAGGUCAGAUGACAAUGGAUGGUAUAUAUCUGAGCACAAAGCGGAACAUAAUCACACUCUGUCGAGAACAUGUGGGGAGAAGAUGCAUUGGAAGUCGCAUAGGCACAUUGGCCGUUACACACAAGAUUUGGUGAAGCAACUUAGGCAGAAUAAUGUGAGUCUCGGUAAGGUCUUCAGUAUUGUUGGUAGUUUCUUCGGCUCUGUUGAGAAUGUUCCUUUUACUAAGAGGUCGUUGAAAACACUAUGCCGUAAGAUAAACAAGGAGCAAUCGGAUUCAGAUGCAAGGAAAACGAUGGAAAUCCUUGCAGAAAUGAAGGCAAAUGACCCAGAAUUCAACUAUGCAAUACAAGUUGAUGAGGAAAGUAGGAUAAAAACACUUAUGUGAGUGAAUGGGCGGAGCAUAGACCAAUACAGAUGCUUUGGCGAUGCAAUAACAUUUGACACAACUUACAGAACAAACCUCUAUGACAUGCCCUUCGCUUUCUUUGUUGGCGUAAACAACCAUUUCCAGUGCAUAAUUUUCGGUGGUGCCAUGCAUAGAGAUAAGAAGGAGGAUACAUUUAAGUGGGUUUUCAGAGAAUUCAUACGUAUGGUUGGCGGCAAACAUCCCAAGACGAUAUUGACUGACCAGGCACACUCUAUGGAGUUGGCUAUCAAGGCGGAAUUGCCAAAUACAACUCAUAGAUGCUGUAAAUGGCAUGUACUCAAAAAAGCAAAGGAGUCAAUGGGUUCCCUGUGGGGGAAGAAGAGCAGUGAUUUCAAGAAUGACUCCCACAAGCUUGUCCAUCACAUGAUAACAGUGAAGGAGUUUGAGGAUGGAUGGGAUGCAAUGUUGGAGAAGUACUCAUUGAGGAAACAUCCGUACCUGACACAAAUAAAUGAAGUGCGACACAAGUGGGCAAAGCCGUAUUUGAUGGGGUUUUCUUUGCACCAAAAUGACAAGCACCCAGCGCAUCGAGAGUUCUAAUCACCUGCUGAAAGGAUAUGUGUCACCAGGAUGUCCAAUGCAUCUAUUCCUCUGGAAGUACGAGAAGCUCCAGUUCGACAGGGAAUCUGAGGAAAGCUUCCAGGAGAAGCGCACUACUCUGAGUGGUGUUCCUUUGAGGCUAAACAUACCAAUUGAGAGGCACGCAAGUAAAAUCUACACAAGAUCAAUGUUUGAACAAUUCAGUGAGGCACUGUACAAGUCUUUUGCACAUCAGGUUGAUGUUAUAGAACAUCGAAAGGUUUACAAGGUAACGCAUCUCGAUGCGGCAGCUCGGGAGAAAUGGAGCAAAAUUGUUUUUAUUGUCAAUGUGGAUGAUGAGGCGAGGUUCUUUGAUUGUGAGUGUGGCACGUUUGAGCAUUCUGGAAUGGUUUGUUGCCAUUCUCUGAAGGUGAUGAUUGAGUUUCGUUUGCCAAAAAUACCAGAUAAACACGUUGUUAAGAGAUGGACAAGGGAUGCUAGGGAUAUAUUGCUUGAUCACUUAGUGCGGUACCAGAAAGACAGAGGCCCACCAGCGUCCGACACUUUUAGGCACAGCCAAAUGUGGAUCAGGGCCCUGGAGUGUGUGCGCCUUAGCGACAUCAAUGUGAAGUGUUAUGAUGUGUUCAUGGCAAUGAUGAAGGAGGUAUAUGCCACGUUGCUGCCACUUAGCCAUGACAAGGAUGGCAUGGGGCUGGAAGAGAGAGAUGGUGUAGCUAAGAUGGCAAGUGGCACAGCUUGUUCCGAUACAGUUGAACAUGUGAAAGCUUUGGUUGAAGACUGUGGAGAUCAAUCAUAUUGUUCCGGCAUUGCAGCUGCUAAUUGCAAGCGGGCAUCAGGAAGACCUACUACAAGCAGAGAUAAAGCGCCUUGUGAAGAGAAAAUGAAGAGGUCUCGAUUCUGCAAGAUUUGCCGUAAGGAGGGACAGAAAUGCACCACUUGCCCUGAUCGCAGCGACAUUCCAAAGGCUCCAAGGAAGGAGCCAAAGUUUACCAAAUGUGGAGUAAUCGGACACCGUAGGAAUGUAUGCGGCAAACCUACUGAUCCAUUCGAGCCAAACUUCCUCUAGGAGAAAAAUAUCAUAGUGAUUGGCUUGAUGCCCAAGGACUUUGUAACCCAGAAAAUUAUAUUGCUUCUAUGCGUUGAUAAUGGACCAGUCGGUCCAUUCAUGUAUCCAUAACAUUUGAUCCUACUUUUUCAAUGCCGAGAAAUCU